AUGACUACAAUUAAGCGAAAGGCAUUGUCACUUCAAGAAAAAAUUGAGAUAUUGAAAGUUUUUGAUGAAAAAUCACAAACAACAAAUCAAACUCAGUUAGCUGCUGAGCUUCAGUUACCAGUUGCUACGUUACGUACCAUUUUAAAAAAUAGAGUAGAAAUCAAAGAAAAAUACAGAUUGGGUGGUGUGCAGAGAAAAAAGCAAAACAUCGGAAAGUUUGAUAAAUUAGAAAAAGUUUUAGUGGAAUGGCUUCAUCAAGCACGAGCUUUAAAACUGCCCAUAAGUGGCCCCAUAAUAUGUGAGAAAGCGCGUAAAAUUGCUGAAAGCUUUCACAUUACUGAUUUUAACGCUUCAAAUGGCUGGAUAUAUCGUUUUAAAAAUCGCAACGGCGUUGUGUACCGUCAAAUUAGUGGGGAAUCGGAGACAGUGGCACAACAAGAUGUUGAUACAUGGAUGGCAACACUUUCCGAAUUGUUGCAAAAUUACGAACCGCGAGACAUUUUUAACGCAGAUGAAUUCGGUUUAUUUUUUAAAUUGAUGCCAAAUAAAUCUUAUGUUUUUAAGGGAGAAACUUGUCAUGGUGGUAAAGCAAAUAAAGAGAGACUGACUGUUCUGGCCUGUGCCAAUUCUGAUGGCUCAGAAAAGUUACGUUUG